CAUUCAACAAUGCUUCAUAUCUAAUCAAAAAAAGCACUUGAGAACCUUUUAUUAAACGUAUCGAAAAAACGAAAGAAUUCAUAAUACCUCAUACAAAAUGUUGCUCUUCCAUACAAUUUUAACCCUUUUAAGUGCUAACCUUGCCUUAGGAGCCCCUUCUCAUGCACAAGAGGCUGAACUCCAAGGAAUAAUUGACGACUUGGUUAAUACAACCAUCAAUGAGUUAUUGGCCAGCCUUGAGGAUCCUUUGGCACUAAAUUCCUCCUUUACAAAGUACAAUAAUGCCAUCUUAACUGGCUGGGUAAAUACCACCGAUUUCACCCUGACAGGCCUUCAAGAAAUUGUUGCAACCGCCAUAAGUGUCCAUCUUUUACCGCCCACUUCUCUAAAUUUAACUGUAAACGUCCAGAACCUAAAUUUGUUUUUAAAUUAUGAUACAAACCUGAUUUUAGGGCAAUUGCUGCCCUUUUUUGGAACAGGCAAUAUCAGUGCUAACAUAGACAGCUUUAAUGUAAAUUUAUACACUUUAGCUGAAAUAUCCACCAAUCCGUUGGGGUUUAAGGGGCUCAAGAAUGCUACUAUUAGUUUUUCAGUUGGCAAAAACACUUUCCUAAAAAUUGAAGGAAUAUGGAGGAGUGACUCAAUCAGUAAAACAAUCAAUGACUUCCUAGAAGUGUUUUUGUCAAGAUUCAUUGAUUUCCUUGAUAGCAACCAGGAGAGGAUCAGUAAUGUGCUUAGUCCAAUACUACAGGCAAUAUUAGAUCAGUUUUUUAAUUGAAUAAAUUGAGUGUACUUGAAAGAAGAUAUUUUAUUACAUGAAUGAGGCAUUAAAAACAAAACCAUAUAAAAAAUAAAUAAUAAUAAACUUAA